UAUGCAGCACUUCUCCCGCUUCUCUGUGAGCUUCAGGGUGCCCUCCGAUGUCCUCGGGAAUAUUGGCGAGCCUCUGGACCACGGCCAAUCCGAGCAGGUCGAAGAAGCCGGCGAUGUCGAUGGCCACUGCGUAGUGGACGAGCCACGAGACGGACUCGAGGGGGGCUUCGCGCUCCAGGCGCCGGGCCCGUCGGCGGCCACAUGCCGGGAGGAAUUGACAGGAGCUGGCGCCGCGCCCGCGCCGAUUUUGCGGUCCGUCGAAAGUGGGAGCGAAGAGGGCAACUCCGGGCCCGUCUGCUUCUCCGUGCGGGAUGUGACCUUCUGUGACGACCGAAUAGGUGGGUAAUCCUGCCUUGUGCUCCGCCAGGGCAGUUUGACACAGUCGCGGUAGAGCCGUGAGUGGCCACCGAUAGCUGCUGUGUUGAACAACGUCGACGUUGAAGCAUGCAGCUACUUUGUAUCGUAUUGUGCUCCAAUUCCUAUAUUUAAUGCUCCCUCCAGUCUUGUCUAUGUCAUCUGCAUUCUUCUAGGGAUUGCAUCGAUUGUUUAUAGUUAUGAACGGUACAGCUCCGUAUUUAAAUUUCUUAGAACUACCGCUGCUCUUGGCAGUAUGAUGGUACAAAAGUCCUUACUUAUGCUUACAUAUGACAUGUAGGGUUGACGCGUCAGAUAAUUUAGUGUCCGUCUACUUUCGUCCAUAACGACCCUUUAGCUAUGUCCUUGAUGCCGUGGCUUGCAGUGCC